CCGCCCCUGGCGCGUUCCGCGCGCCAGGGAGGGGGAUCCAGCGCAGAUCCAAGAAAUCCGCUCGGAGCGCCAAAAGUUUAUAUUUGUGUAGUUUUUUCUCUAAAGUAGGGGGUCAAGCGCCGACGCAAUAAUUCCGCGCAAAGCUCCGGCAGCUUAUGCUUGUGCCGCUUUUGCUUCUUCUGGCCAUGGACGGCACCGAUGAGGAGCCCCCACGGGGCUCGCCCCAGUCCCAGGCGGACGUGCCCGACGACGAGGAGGCCUCCUCCGAGGAGCAGAAGGCCCGUGCCUUGUCGGUGGUGCUCAGGCAGCUGGUGGGGUCCAGUGCCUGGGAGGUCGAGCGGGCGGCUGCGGCGGGCCGUGGCGAGGAGGGGGACAGCUCCUCGGACAAGUGGCUCGCCCGCACCCCCGACCUGGAGACGCCGCGCUUCGAGGUCCUCCAGAGGGACCCCGCUGGGGUGUUCGAGGUCCGCAGGUACGACCCCUACUCGGUGGUCCGGACGAGCGCCGGCGCGGGCGGGAACGGCACCAAGUCUUUCUUCGCCCUCGCGGGCUACAUCUUCGGCAAGGCGAACACGGCGCAGGAGAAGAUGGCCAUGACCACCCCAGUGCAGACAGAGCGGGACAGUGGCGCCAUGUCAUUCAUCAUGCCGAGCCGGUACUGGGGCGACGAGCUGCUCCAGGCGGCCCCGCCACCCUCCGAGGACGCGUCCGUGGAGCUGGUGGCCGUCCCCGAGGAGGUGGUGGCGGUCACCGUCUUCGGGGGCUACGCGCGCAGCGGGGUGGUGGCCGCCAAGACCCAGGCGCUGAUCGACGCCGUCGCCGCGGCCGAGGGCGUCGAGGUGGUGGACGCGGGCCGCACGCGGCUGAUGCAGUACAACGACCCCUUCACCGUGCCGUGGAAGCGCCGCAACGAGGUGUCCGUGCCCGUGCGCCUUGGCGCCUGAGCUGGUCAGGGGCGGGGGUGCACCGCGGUGCUGCCCGCCCGCUCUCGGUGGGUGCGCCGCCGACGGUCGCGCCAGGGAAGGUGGGGGGUGCUCGGAGGACGGGAUGGGUCGGGUAGAGGCCCAGGCCGGCGCCGAGGGAGGCGGAGUGUCAGGGGCAGGGCUUGGCGCGCGCGCGCGCGCUCCGCCGCGCGGCCGGCCCUCCCCAGCGAACGCGCAUGCACGCAGAUUUUUGGUUCCCGAUUUUCGGGCCGGGGCCCGCGGAGGCGGACGCGCGUUGCCGCCGUCUGGGCCACCCCCCAUCGUUGCCCAUCGCUUCGGACCACCCGGCUCCCGCCCUGGCUCGCGCUGGCCCUGCCGUGGCAGGUUCCCGCUGCGCCGGUGGCGGCGGCGGCGCCCGCGCCUGCGCUCAAGACAGGAUGGCCACCAGGGGGCUGGACCAGACCAGCCGUGGACGUUCAGGCUAUGUGCGGGAUCUGCACGGUGUCAGAGACCAGCGUCCACGUGGACCCGGCCGUGCCUCCUGCGCUGCUGGAGCCACGACUUGACUUGCGGCCCUUCUUCACGCUGGUCGUCGAGGGGCGUCGGCCAGACUCCAGCUGACAAGGAUCCCGGCCAGGCCAAUCCUUGGCCCAGGACUUGUACGCCCUCCUGGCCAGGCCUGGUAGGGAGUCGGCGUACACGUUGAUCCUGGGCCGAGGGCGAGCCUGACCAGAGUCGGUGUUGGCCCGUGGCUGGAGUCCUCCCGUGCUGUUGCUGGUCGGCCUCGAGCGCUCGGCGGUCAACUUUCCGCAGCCUCCUGGGACAGAGUAGGGGUGCCGCGCCCGUGAGUUGCGGCUGGGCGCCGUGUCGCAGCGUGCAGCAGCGAAUGUGACGCCCCGCCGGAGGCGCGCGAGUCAG